AUGGAGGAGUUCGCACGCCUCUACGGAGUUGGGACCGAAGCCCUUCUGCGAGCUCAGCGCGCUCACGUGAACGAGGGGGAGCUGUAUGCAGGAGAUGACUGGGUUGCAGGGACGGUGGGAGAAACCCAGGCACAAGACGAGCCGGAGAUCCAGAAAGGAAUCGCAGAACUGAGGACUCCUCAAUUCACAUUCUCCACUUUCCCGAUAGAGGAGGAUCCUCGUCCUAGACCGCCAUUGCCAGCACAUCUACCUCCCUCUACCCAAGUCUUUCUCCGCGUCAAACACGGCGCCAUCAUCGAAAGCCACAUCUCGACGUCGUCAGAGCCAUCCGAAGCAGAGGCGCAAGCCCGGCACGUGCACCAAGUGUUGAACAGGAGACAACUCCACGAGCUGGCGUCGGAGGACUGGAAAGCAGCACUGCGACGGCUUCUGCUCGUGGAUGAUGAUGAUGACGCUAGUACUGAGAGCACUACUCGCAUUGUGGACGAUCUGACGGAAUUCAUCGGUGGCAUGUUACUUGUGGAUGGGAAGUCAUGUUUGUAG